AACGUAUUUAAUGUGCUGUGAUUGUUUGUUUAAUGAUUAAUCACUGCAGUGCGAUGCAAUCAACCUGUUCAUUCAUUCAUUAAAUUUAUUUAUUUAUUUAUGCAUUUAAUUGUUUGUUUGGUUGUUUGUUUGAUUGUUUAUCUAUUUAUUUAUUUGUAUGUAUUAAUAAAUCAAUCAGUGGCGCUGACGUCAUCGUAAGGCGCGAUCCCAAGGUCCAGUGCGAUUUUCCACUUGGUCCUUCAAAUUCUCCCCUCCUUUAUUUUAACCUCCCUCAACACAAACAUACACACACACACACACACAAACCAAAGGCACUUUUAAGAGCCACGUCCGUCUUGUUACCCUGCACUUGUCUGUCUGUAGCUCUCUCUCUCUCUCUCUCUCUCUCUCUCUCUCUGUUUAUAUUUCUAUUUGUUGUCUCUGUCCAUCUUUUUUGUAAGUCUUUCUGUCUGUUUUUGUUUCUGCCCAUCACCAUGAGUGAUUCAGAACUCCAAGAACAGUUAAUGGAGCUGGAUAAACUGGUUGAUGAUCAAGAACUCAAUGAUGAGCUCCAAAGUCUUGAUGACUUGAUUGGUGAGCUGCAGGAAGAGAAGGAAGUGGCACCAGUAAAGACACCUGAACCGAGGGUGCGUUGCAGAAAGAGAGACAUUGAUGGAAACAUUGUCUAUGCAAGGCCAAGAUCAAGCAGGAAUCAGUCAAAUAAGGCUGAUCCCAUUCGGAAAUCUGAUCCUCCCAUCAAUGCACCUGCCACUAACUGUGAGGUGACCUUUGCUCCAGAGGCUGUUGAGUCUUUUCUGCAAGAUCUCCAGCACUCACUGAGCAAUACCUCAGAUGAUGAGGCAUCAUCUCUUGAGACCUCAAGAGGUCCUCUCCUAGCUUCCUCAAACUGGAGCACAAGACAAAGUCUCUUUUCAGAGAGAUGGAGGACAGAGAGACCACGUCUGGUGAACACCGCUGCGGCACAUGAAAAUGUAGCAACACGCAUCUGCCAACAGUGUGGGAGCAAUCCAGCUGCUGUCCGCUGCAGUGACUGUCGACCACAGCCCUUUAUCUGUGCUCAGCGUGAUGUCAGUAUGCACACCAGACAUGUUCUCCAUAACAGAGAUGCCAUGACGGCUGGAUUCUACCAGCCAUUGCCUCCAACAACUUUUGUUGUAGAUAAGGCUCUUUCCCAUUGUGUACGGCUUGUACCUGUGGAGAUCCCUUACAAAAUCUGUGAUUGUUCACGAGAGUCACUAAGGGUCAGUCCAGGGAAGACUGUUGCUGUAAUCACAAUGAAUGGACGAUAUGAUCUAAGCAUGCCUGAGUUGAGUUGUCCCAGCAGGCACCGGACGUCAAUAUAACGUCAUGCUGACAUUGGAUCCCAACGUUGGUCAGACGUUGUAAUUUGGUUGAAAAUGAAAAUCGGGGUUGACGACAGAACCCAACGUCAUAUUGACGUCGAUCUCCAACGUUGGUCAGACGUUGAAUUUUGGAUGAAAAUGAAAAUCUGGUUGACGUCAGAACCCAACGUCAGGCUGACGUCGAUCUCCAA